GACGGAACGUGCAUACGAUCGGAAUUGCACAGUUUAUAACCUCAAAUUGCGAAGAAAUUUUUAAAUGUCUUGUAACAAAAUGAGCAACCCAAUGUUUGAUCAAACUCUUGAAGACAUUUUGGAAAAAAAUUUGCCAGAAAAGGAACUAACUGAAGUGAAACGUCUUUUAUAUGGUCGCGAAUUACAGUCUUUAAGUCUUCCCCAAUGGAGCGGAAAUCAAGAUCUCGAUGUUAAAGGAUAUAUUAUGGGCGGUGGUGUUACGGAGCAAUUACGCCCUCCGCGUCUUGUUCGAGUUGGUUUAAUUCAAAAUUCUAUAGUGUUACCAACAACAGAACCUCUGCAGAAACAAAGGAGCGCUCUGCAUUUGAAAAUCCAAAAAUACGUUGAUUAUGCUGCAUCUUGUGGAGUCAAUAUACUUUGUCUUCAAGAAGCUUGGGCUAUGCCAUUCGCUUUUUGCACCAGAGAGAAAUAUCCUUGGUGCGAGCUGGCUGAAGACGCUGACAAUGGACCAACUGUAAUACUCAUGUGCGAACUUGCUCAACGACACGGAAUAGUUGUUAUUUGUCCAAUUCUCGAGAGAGAUUCUACGAACGGUGACACUUUAUGGAAUACCUCUGUUGUGAUUGAUCAUGAUGGAAAAGUAAUUGGAAAGCAAAGGAAAAAUCACAUUCCUCGUGUGGGAGAUUUUAACGAAUCUACCUACUACAUGGAAGGGAAUUCAGGACAUCCAGUCUUUGAUACAUGUUUUGGACGUAUAGCCAUUAAUAUUUGUUAUGGUCGACAUCAUCCCCAAAAUUGGAUGAUGUAUGGGCUACAUGGUGCUGAGAUUGUAUUCAAUCCAUCAGCAACUACUAGUCAUACAUCUGAGCCACUGUGGCCCAUUGAAGCAAGAUGUGCAGCUGUAGCAAAUAGUUAUUAUACUUGUGCUAUAAAUCGCGUUGGAACUGAGAUAUUCCCAAAUGAAUUUACAUCUGGCGAUGGAGCUCCAGCGCAUCAUGAUUUUGGACAUUUUUAUGGAUCUAGCUACAUUACUGCUCCUGAUGGUACUAGAACUCCCGGUUUGAGUCGUUGUAAAGAUGGUAUUCUUGUCUGCGAAUUAGAUCUUAACUUAUGUCGUCAAAUGAAGGAUUUCUGGUGUCUGAGAAUGACUCAGAGAUUGGACUUAUAUGCCAAAGAAUUGAAUGAAUACGUGAAGAUGAAAAUGUAAAACUGCACGACAAAUUGAUUCAAUAAGCUGAAUACGAAACACUGGAAAACGCACAUAUCUUUGUAUAAAUCUUCCUUUUUUGUUGAAUAUGUAUAAAUCGA